AUGUCACGGCAUCGAAACAUAAGGAACAUCAAUUACGAUGAUGGUAGGGUUUUUUCAUGUUAUGCGGAUUUUUCUUUUGAUUUUUAAAGAACGGGACGAUGACUACGACGACGAUUAUUAUGGGAGAUCUUAUGAAGAUGACGUUCCUAUGUCGCCGAGUGCAGGUGAAGGCGAAAUUAUUCAAAAUGCAUCAUUUAAAGUUUAGAACAGUACAUUUAUACCCGACCACGGUUGACAUCGAAUAAUUAUUCGGGUUAUGCGACGAAUUUGAGUGAAUUCAUCCCAGAAGAACCUUGUCCCAAGGUAGAAGGGUCGAAUUUGCCUGAUCAUGGCGAGAUGUUCGAAAUGGACGAUGGUUUUUUGAAAGGAAAUUAAUUGAACGAUGAAAAAUGAAUAUAUUUUCAGUCACCGAAGAAAAACCCGUUGAAAAUAAGCCGAAAGAGCGAGUUUUUCAACAAAGACACGUUGUCCUAUCACUACCAAUCAGUCAGCCGACGAGUUCUACGGCUUCUGAAAAUUUAAAGGACAAGGUUUUGGAAAAAUCUCUUUUUUUUCGAAAAAAAUAAUAAUAAUAAUUCAGCCGGUUCUACCCAAUAUCACAUCGUUACGCAUUGGAGAAAAUCCCAGAAGCGCUUCGAAAUCUCCGUCAAGGAAAAAUAAGGUUUGGAAAGGUGAAAAAAAAAUAAUGAAAGCCGUUUCAAGUCGGGACAAACGCCAGUCGUUAAAGAAGCCACUCCUUCCACAGUUUUGACGGCCAAUUCGAGCACCCACAGGUAAAAUAAAGAUUUUUUUAGAAGAAGUUAGAGAAAAAUAAUUUUUUUGAAAGCUUGGAGAGUUGAGAAAAAUUGUUAUUUUUUUAUCAAAUUUGAAGUUAAAAAAAUGAUUCAAAAAAAUUUUUUUAAGAGUGGAAAAAUUUGCUUAAACUAUAUUUCAUAAGUUGAGAUUUUUAGAGAAUCGGUAAGUUAAAAAAAUGAAAAAUAGCUUUAAAAAAAGUUUGGGGGGUUUUUUUAAAAUUGUCAGGAAACUAGAUUUUUUUAAAGUUAUAUUUCAAAUGAAUCUUGAAAAAAAUUUGAAAAACUUCAUCAUUUAUAAGGUUCGGUUUCAAAAAUUGACAGGAAUCGCUUUUUUUUAAACCAAUUUCAAAAUUCAUUAAGAAAAAUUGAAAAAGCUCAUCAAAAUUUCCUUCAAAACUUUGUUUUUGCUCUUUUUGGAACUCCAGAGUGGUCCCUAUAGGUGUCCUUGAAGGGUCUUUUCUAGGGAACACUUUACCAACCCCUAUAGGGGCCACUAGAGCUUGCAAAAGUGGUUCCUCUAGGGAAAAUCCUAACUGUAAUUUUUAUGAACUCUAAGCGAAGAAGCAUUUCCGUGCGAAAAACUGAAAAAAAAACCUUUUUUGAAAUAAAUUGAAAGACCCCUAUAGGGACCACUUGAGCUUUAGGGGCUGAGGGGUCAGAUAGGGAACACCUUGAUUUUAUCCCUAUAGGAACUGUUUACCCCCUAACCUCUAUAGGUACCACUCUAAAAUUCCUAAGUCGAAUUACCCGUUCAAUUUUUAACAUUUGCUCAUUACUCUGACAGCUUAUCAGUUAAUUUUAAGAUUAAAUCAACUGGUAUCGAUCGCCACGGCUCCAGCCACCCCAAGAAGGUCACGAAAACGGGAAGAAACGAAGCAAUUGAUCAAUUUGGUCGUCGUCGGACACGUCGACGCCGGCAAAAGCACCAUGAUGGGCCAUAUUUUGGUCAAGGUGACUUGAAAUAUUGCUUCAAAAUGUGUAUUUUUAAUUCAAGAUGGGUUACGUUGACGACCGGACCAUGCACAAGUACAAGCAAGAAUCGGCGAGGACUGGAAAAUCUUCUUUCGCCUUUGCCUGGGUUCUUGAUGAAACGGAGGAAGAGAGGUUGGUUUGGACUGAAAAAAAUAUAUAAUAUAUGUAAAAUUGAAUUUUUUUUGACAUGAAAAAUGAAACUGUAUCGGGAUAAGAUGGAAUGGUGGGUAAUUCAGGAAUCCCAGAGUAGUCCCUAUAGGGGCCGAAAAAGUGGUCCCUACAGGGGUAAAAUUAAGGUGGUCCUCAUAGGGGUUUAGGGUCUGACUUCUUAGCCCCAAAGCUGAAGUGGUCCCUAUAGGGGUCGUUAAAUUUCAUUCUAAAACGCUUAUUUAUUCAGUUUUUCCCAUGAAAAUGCUUCUUCGCAGAAAGUUCAUGAAAGUUAUCGACCAGCAUGUCCCCUAUAGGGACCACUUUUGCAAGCCUUAGUGGUCCCUAUAGGGGUUUAGGUUCUGAGUCAGAACUUCUGAUCCUUCAGCCUCUAAAGCUUAAGUGGUCACUGUAGGGGUUAGAGGGAAAGAACCUCUAAGAGAGCCCGUAAAAGUGGUCACUAUAGGGGUAAAAUUAAGGUGGUUCCUAUAGGGAUUUAGAGUCUGACCGCUCAGCCCCUGAAGCUCUAGUGGACCCUAUAGGGGUCUUUCAAUUUUAUUCAGAAAGGCUUAUUUAUGCAGUUUUUUUCAUGGAAGACUUACAGUUCAUAACAAUUAUCGAUUACCAUGUCCUCUUUAGGGAACACUUUUGCAAGCUUUAGUGGCCCCUUAAGGAGACCCUCCAUGAGCCCCUUAGGUUGCCCCUAUAGGGACAAUUCUAGAGUUUCGAAUGGCCGCUAAAAGGGAGAGGUUCAUAAAAAGGCCGCAGAAAGGCAGCAAAAAGGGUCCCUUUAUCGAGCCUCUCAUUCUUUCUGGUAUUUUAAAGGCUAAAGAAAUGGUAGUAAAUGGAAGAGGCAGCAAAAAUGGUGCAUAAAAGCCGAAAAAAUGGCGCAAAAAGGCAGCAAAGAGGGACCUUUUUCACCCAAAAAAAACAUUUAUGGAGCCUUUUUUGACCAUUUCUGACUUUACCUAUGAAGUAAGCUCUAAGCCAUUCCAACUGCGGCCAUGAUAUUUUAUUCAAAAAAAGAUAGAUGUAGAAAAAUAAGGUGAUACCUUUUCCGAAAGACAAUAAUAAUUGAUUUUUUUGUGAAAUUUUACUUUUUCACUGCGAAUUUUUUUGAGUUUUAACUGUUUUUUUCAAUCUAUUUAUGUUCAAAAGCCUUUAGAUUGUCGAGAAAAAAAUUGUCAAAAAUGAAUCUAUAAACUAAAAAAAUAUUUAUUGAAGAGCCCGUGGAGUGACGAUGGACAUUGGCCGGACGAGUUUCGAGACCGACACCAAAAGGAUCGUUCUUUUGGAUGCGCCCGGACACAAGGAUUUCAUCCCCAACAUGAUCACUGGUCAUUUUUACAGAGUAUUUUCGAAGAUUUUUAAAAAAAUUUUGAUCGGAAUUCUGGUGGAAAUGGUAUUUUUUUUCCGUGUGAAAUAGCAGAUUUUUUUAGCGAAUUUUCAAGAAAAAGAAAAAGAAACUAAUAUCAAAAAUGAACGGCUAGUAUUGAAGUUGGCAAACUUUCUAUCAGGUUUUUUUUUCCACAGUUGGAUUGUCAUUUUUUCGUUUUACCUAAAAUCGUAAAUUUUAAUGAAAAGCGGCUAAAAAUAUUUAAUAGCAAAUUUUUUUUUUCAUUUUGUUAUCCGUAUAUUAACAUUUAAUAAUCAUCUUGAAGUUGCAAAUUCUGAGUUUGAAAAAAAAAAUUGGAGUAUGCGAUAGUGCGUCUCGGUGUGUUUACACCCUAAGCAUCAUAAUUUACGAGACUUUUUGAUUUACGUUCUAAAAAAAAUUAAAAAAAAGGUUUUAUUGGUUAAGAAGAAAAGUAAGAAGUGAUUAGUGAUUUUUUUUCUAGGAUUUCAGGGUUAAAAUAAAUUUACGUUUACGUUUUAACCAUCAAAUUUGUUUUCAGCGUCUAAAUUUUGAUGAAGAAUCAUUUUUUUAUUCCUUUUUCCCAUUGUAGAAAGGUAUAAUUGGUCAUUUUUCAUAGGCAAAAUCGGAAAGAGCCGAAAAAAGCUUCUUAAAUUUUCCUUAUAGAGUAAAGGCUCCUUUUUGUUGCCUUUUGCGCCAUUUUAUCGGCUCUUUUGCAUCAUUUUUGCAGCCUCUUCCUUUUUCCACCAUUUCUUGAGCCUUGAAAUUCUAGAAAAAAUGGAAGGCUCGAAAAAGGGACUCUUUUUUCUGCCUUUUUCAAGCCUUUUAGUUGCUUUUUGCUGCCUUUUUGCGGCCUUUUUUGAGCCGUUUUGCUGCCUUUUUUGAACCUUUUAGUGGCCAUUAUAUACUAUUCCGACUUUAUCCGACACAGUUUAAGAAAAUUUUGAAUUUUUUUUGCAUCACUUUUGUCGAAUUUUGAUCCAAUUCCGUUAUUUUCCAGGAGCAGCCCAAGCGGACGCCGCCAUUUUGGUGGUGAAUUCGACGAGAGGCGAAUUCGAGACCGGCUUCGAAAAUGGAGGCCAGACCAGAGAGCACGCGAUGCUUUUGCGCUCUUUAGGUUCCUUUUUCCUGAAGAAAUCCCUAAUUUCUAUAUUUUAUUUUGAAGGAGUCAGCCAAAUAAUCGUCGCCGUCAACAAGCUGGACACUGUCGAUUGGGCUAAAAAUCGUUUCGAGGAGGUCAAAGCGAUUUUGACGACUUUCCUCACGAAACAGGUGAUUUUGGGGGCUUGAAAAAGUGGAUUUUUUUAAGAAAAAUCAUAGUAGAAUAUUCGAAUUUUUAGGCUUUUUACGUACAUUUCUUUCCAAAAAAAUGAGAUAUUAGUAAUGAAAUAAUAAAUUUUUUAGUCAUUUUUACAAGGGAUUUUCCGAAUUUUAAGAGAUUUUCCAGGGCUUUUUAGAUUAAUUUCAAGAAAAGUUAGCUAUUUUCGUUUCAAAAAAGAUUUUAGUGUGCUGAUGAUUCCCGAUUUUAUUACUAUAGCACAUUUUGGUUCAUGCGCAGUCACUGGUAAAGAUUUUUCUCAAUUUGAAAAUUUAUGUGUUUCUCAAAAGGGUCCAAAAAGGGUCCAAAAAGGGUCCAAAAAGGGUCCAAAAAAGGUCCGAAAAGGGUCCAAAAAGGGUUCAAAAAAGGGUCCAAAAAUGGUCCAAAAAGGGUCCAAAAAAGUCCGAAAAAGGUCCAAGAAGGGUAAAAAAAAGAGUCUAAAAAAGGUCCAAAAAGGGUCCAAAAAGGGACCAAAAAGGGUCCAAAAAAGGUUCAAAAAGGGUCCUAAAAAGGAAAUUAAUGGAAACUUUUUGAUCCAACUGACGCUCAAAGGGCCCCUAAAGGGUCCUUCCGACUUUUUCUACGAAUAAUUAUUUUGCAGGCCGGUUUCUCGAAACUCCGAUUCGUUCCGGUUUCCGGAUUGGCCGGGGAAAAUCUCGUUACUCGAGUACCCGGUAAUCAUCCAUUGGCGAGUUGGUACGAUGGCCCUUGCCUUUUAGAGAUGAUUGGUGGGUUUUUUGAGGGAUUCGGACGGUUUUAAAGUGCGGACGGUGGAAAAUUCGUGGAAAAAAAAGUUUCAAGCCAAUCCAAACUUAAAGAUCAAUAGAAAAAAUGGACAGGAUCCUUGAAAUGUUUCCCCAUUUCCAGAAUCUUUCAAUCCUUCGCCCCGAGCGUCGGAUGGACCAUUGCGAAUCGUGAUCAAUGAUGUUUUCAAGGUUUUUUCUUUUUUUUUCCGAAAUUAUAAGUUUUCAUCCCAAGGCCACCACUGCUCAGCUGAAUGUCAACGGGAAAAUCGAAUCCGGCGAAAUCGAGGCCGGCGAUAAGGUCUUCAUCAUGCCCAAUGCUGAUCCCGCCUUGAUUAAAGGUUAGUUUUUGGGUUUUUUGAUUGAAAAUGCGAGGAAAGGUUUCUGAAACGGUUUUUUGUUAAUUUUUGAGCAUUUUCUUUUGGAUUCCUUGAGAUUUUCUCGAGUUAUCAUCGAUUUUCUUCGUUGUAAACUUGGAAAAUGUUCUAGAAUGUCAUAUUUUGGUCAUUUUUAAGCGUAUUCUUGUUGAUUAUUUGCGAUUUUUUGCUACCGAUUAUCAUUUUCUUCAUUUUAAGCUUCGAAAAUAUUUUUUAAACAUAAGAAAAAGUCGUAUUUUGAUCAUUUUUAAGCAUUUUAUUUCGAAUUCCUUCCGGUUUUCUCAACCUAUUAUCAUUUUUAUUUAUUUUAAGCUUGGAAAACGUUUUUUAAACAUAAGAAAAGUCAUAUUUUGUUCAUUUUUGAGCGUAUUCUUGUUGAUUUUUUGCGCUUUUUUGGUUUUCUCAACCUGAUUAUCAUUUUUAUUCAUUGUAAACUUAGAAAAUGCUCCUGAAAAGUAAGGAAAAGACAUAUUUUUUUUGAUUUUUUGCCGUUUUUUCCGUUCUGAUCAUAAAUUUGCUUCUCCGUGACUUAAAAAAAAACAUUUUCUUCAAUUUUUGAGCCUUUCCCGCUGAAUUUCCUUAAUAUUUAUGCAUUAGACUCCUUGAAUUUCUGAUAAUUUGCUUCAUUUUUCCUCUUUUUUAGUCUUAUUUUUCCGAUUUUUAGCUAUCUUUCUUCAUUCCCUGGACCAAUUUUAUCAGUUUUUUCGAAUAUUUUAUCCAUUUUUUUUCUAUUAUCCUCUAUAUUUUCAAGUCAUAAGGUCUCAAAGGCUCUUUUAGUUCUUCGAAAAAAAUAUUUUUUUCUCUAAAAACUAAUUUUUCAAUAUUUUAGCGUGUUCCAACGAUUCCGGAGGCGAACCGGAUCAAUGUUUUGCCGGUGAUCAGGUCUUGAUAACCUUGAAUGGGACUUUUGAGCCGGAUACCAUCCAUGCCGGAAAUGUUAUCGUUAGGGGAGGACCGGUAAAAAAUUCCUGACCCUUUAAAAUUGGAAAAUAACCAUUUUCCAGGAUUCCCUGAUCCCUGGACGACGGUUUCUAGUGAGAAUCGUGGUUUUCGACAUUGUCGUCCCGAUUAUGAAGGUUUUUUGAUUUUUUGAAAGGAAAAUUAUGGAAAUAUUGGGUUUUCAGGGUACCAAGGCGGAAUUAUACGCCCAUUCUUUGUGUGAACCUUGUACGGUUAUCCGAUUGGUCACUUCGAUCAAUAAAACCAAUGGAGAGGUCCUGAAGAGUCGGCCACGGUGAGUUUGGGGAAGAAAAAUCGAUAAAAUUGAAGAAAAAGUAGAAAUUUUGUAGCUUUUCUAUAGGUUUGCAAAUCUAGAAUUUGUCAAAUUUUAAAAUUCCGGUAUUUUCCAAGGCGUUGCUUUGGGGAUAAGUCGGAACAUUGGAGAAUAAUGAUCACUUUAGGGACCUCUUCAAAACUCAUUGGAUCUAAAUUAGAGCAAGAACUUCCACUAUAAUGACCGCGUUAUUGAAAACUGAACUUUCCGCUAUUUUCCAAGGGGUCGCUCUAGUGAUUUUCCGCCUUAUGGGAGAAGAAAUACCACUUUAGGGAACUCUUCAAAUCUCAUUUGAUCCGAAAUAGAGCAAGAAAUUUCGUUAUAAUGACCACUUGAGUGGGCUUGAAGUUUCGGAAGCUUUACCUUUGUUUAAAAUGUUUUAAGAAGCCCCUCAAGGGUUUUUUCACUAAAAAAAAAAAAAUAAAAAGUCACGCGAAAAAUCAUUUUAAAUGUUGAAAGUUUGAGGAAAUGAUGUAUUUUAUUUUUGAACUCUCUUAAGGGGUUUCUAUAUUAAUUUUUUUCUAUUUUAUUCAAGCGUCUUCGAAAUUUUUCAAAACAAAUGGGAUCACUUGAGUGAAUUUAAAGGUUCGGAAGCUUUAACUCGUUUCAAAAAAUUCUCAAGAAGUCACUGAAGGGUUUCCUCACUUAAAAGGAAGAAAAUCACUGUAAGAACCCUUUUGAGAUACUGAAAGUUCCAGGAAAUGAAAUUUAGUCUCUUCAAGUAGUCACUUCAGUGAUUUGUCUCCUUUUUGAACGUUUUUCUUUGAGGUUAUUAAAGCCUUUGAAACCCAAUAAAGCUUCUUGAAAGCUAUUUUCUGUUCAAGUGGUCUCUUAAGUUUUUUUCGAUCUAUGAUUUAAUAGAGAAUUUUCUCUGAAGACUGAAUACAUGUAGAAAUGUACCUUUUUCGUAACUAUAUGCCAUUCCGUUAAAAUUCAUGUUUGAGAUGCCUGUCGCGUGGGAUGUCCGGCGUCGUCGAAAUCGAGACAGAGCACGACGUCGCGAUCGAACCGUUCACCGUCUGCCGAGCACUCGGAAGAGUCACUUUCCGCUGUUCUGGACAAACGAUCGCGGCGGGAAUCGUCGAGGAAAAAUUGGCCAAUCUUUGAAAAUUCCUUUAAUGUAAAAAUAGCUUCCUUUUUUGAGAUAUUUAUUGUCAAAUUUGCUCCAUUGAGAACGUUUACGGUCUUGGACGGAGAUAACGCAAAAUGGACGCGCUUAGGAACUCUAGAGUGGUCCCUAUAGGGCACCUUAGGGACCAGUUCACCGCCCCUAUAGGGACCACUUAAGAGGCUGGUGGGUCAGACACUAAACCCCUAUAGGGGCCACUUGAGCUUUAGAGGCAAAAGGGUCAGACACUAAACUCCUAUGGGGACCACUUUAGCUCCUCCUAUACGGGCUGUUAUACCCCUAACCCCUAUAAGGACCACUUUAAACCUCCUAAGCGCUAUGAACGUUUCAAGUGAUCACUUGAGAGUUCUGAAGUCACUGAAGGAACCACUUUUGCGUUACCGAUUCACGGUAGAUCCUUUUUUUUUCUUGUGUUAGAUGGAGUUUUUUGGUUUUUUGGGACUUUUCAAAAUUUGAGAAACUGAGACAUGUAGCAUGGAUUUUUAUGUAUAAAUUUACUAUUGGAAAGAGAAAAAUCGCAUUUUGUCAGUAGAUUUAUCAUUGGAGCGCAUUUCGAGAAGGAAAAAUAGCUCAGUUUCUGGAAUUUGUCAAAAAUGCCUAUAUUAAGGUCUACACAUCAUCAAACUGUUUUUUUAAUCCUCCAUAUUGUUCUAUUCUAAUAACUUUUUUUUCGACCUCCAAUCCCUAAAGAAAUGUGUUUACUUGCCCUUCUUUUUGUUAAUUUUAGGAAUUGAAGCGUGUAUUUGCCUGGUCAAAGUGAUAACUUCUUUCAAUUCUUCUCUUUAAUAGUGUUGGUUAUCGAAAUGGGUCACUUUUUUGCCUUUUUAUAAACCUUUUCAUGUUAUUUUCUCCCGAUUUGUUGGCAGUUGAAAUUCAGUGAAGAAGGUAUCAAGAAAAUCGAGCUUUUCAGGAUUUUAAGGGUUUGUUUGAAGUAACUGCGUUCCAUUGAUAAUCCGUCAGGUAGGGGUUUUUGAAUUUUUCAGGCCAAACCUUUUUUCGUUCUAGUCGGAGAACUUUUGGUAGCCAUUAAAGAAUUUUGACGUUUCAGUGGCCACUAUAGAGGUCUAAGUGCUACUACUAGACCACUAAAAAUUUAAGUGGCCACUUUAGGGGUCAAUGAAUCAACAUAACUGGUCCGAUAUCUUUGUUCUAAAAUUAUCAGAGUUACUGGAAGGUAUACUGGAUGAAAAACUACUUAAGUGGCCAUUUAAUAGAGAAAUUCUAUAGUGGCCACUUUAGCGUCCCCUCCAAGUAGUCCUUGGCGAGCCUCUAUAGUGGCCACCAAGCAUUUCCUCAGUAAAUAUUAUUUUUUUUCAAGUAUCCGCCUGAUGAGAAAGUGUUUCUAAAUAAUAAAAAUAAAAAUCACAAACUUUUCAGUGAAUUUUUCAAUAAUGGUCACUUGUAUGAAAAGGUUAUAGCUGUACCAGCCCAGCGAUAGGAGAACCUUCGACCACGCCCCCGCGUGGGCGAAGGUUCCUCAGUUGGUGGGUUGCUGGUUCCGCGUGUCCCCUCUGUCUUUCCUCGACUCCUGCCUGCCUGUAUUUCCCUGUGUCAAGCAGCUGACAUCCCAAACAGGAAGGUCCAAUACGCCAACCUUUAGAAUUGUAUCUGGAGGGAGUCUCUAGACUCUAAAGGCGGACUUUUGGAAUAUGGAGGUCCCACUUGAGACUCGAUUCUUGGGUUUUCUUUCCGAGCAGUCCAGUGCCACAUAAGCAGGUGAGUCGUGGACGUGCCGUUCGGAAGUCUAGCUAAACGCUACUUCCCAUCCGCUGUGGACAUAUUUCUUCUGUCUCUGGAGCUAAACACAGUUGGCGUCGCCAUGGCGUCCUCUGGAAGAGAGGUGGAUUAAAUCAUACAGCCCUUCGCGCCUAUUUUUGUAUGGAAGCCGAAAGUGCCUCUUUCUCGCCAGGAUCGACUACGGUUUGUGAAGCACCCCUGAUCAAGGUGCCGACCAUCUCCGGACGCUUUCAUUAACGAGGAGACGCAUCACGUGGAUCCGCGGUCGCUCAAUGUCCCAGGGCCCAUUCCACGUGUAGAAGUUGCGAUCCUGCUCGUACCUUCUCGACGCUGUCCUUUUAUGAACGGCCGCUCACCGUCCAAUACGGCUCAGGAUUGAAGAGGAGACGUCGCGAGCCCACCAACUCAUUCCCCCCUCCGGUCAGCCCAUUUUAUUUUAAUUAUUUUACUUUUGUGUAUUUUCGUGUAUUUCUGUAUUAGUUUGGUUCAUUUUCAUCGUUUUAGUUCAAACUCUCAAGGUUCUUUUCUCACAAUUUUUGUUCAAAUUUUCAAAAAAACCCAUUCCUUGCAAUUUUCGUUUUAAAUUCCAAACCUUUUUUCUCAUAAAUUUUGUUUCAAAUUCUCAAAAACUUUUUUUAUUUUUCUCAAUUUCAAUCUUCAAACCAAACCUUUUUCCCACCAUAUUUCGUUUAAAGUUUAUUAAUUAAAAAUUCCACUACACAACCAAAUUUCCCAUAUAGUCUCACAAAUUUUUUUCACUUGUUUCUUACAAAAUUUUUUUCUCAUCAAAAAAAUAUUAUUUUCUGAUUUUUCAAAUUUUUCAACCUGUAUUCUUUCAAUUAUUUUGUCUACGCGUAUAUAUUUUCUUUUUGUCACUCAAAUUUUCAAAGUUUCUAGCUUAUUUCUCAACUUCAAUUAAUUUUUUUCUUCAAAAUCAAAUCGUUCAAUUUUCACCAUUUAUACUGUAAAAACAACAUAUCUAAUCUCUUUCCCAAGUACUGUAUCGUAAAUCGUCUGCUCAUAUCAUUUAUUAGGCGCUAAGUUUCUUUCAAGAUUGUUUUUUUGGGUCACGCUACCAAGCGUCCCACGCCACAUGUUCGUGUCUCAUACCGUACUCAAGUAUUACAAUCACCCUAAUCUCCUAGGUAAGGUCACCAGACGCUUGCUUGAAGCGCAAGACGCCGACUUAGGACGCCAGACCCUUAGCACUUACUUAUAUUUUAAUUAAUUCCCACACCUUUUCUGACCGGAGCUUACUGUCCCACCCCUGGUACUUUAGUCACACACUCCCAGCUCUUGUUUUCAUUAUUUGAUGUGUUCAGUUUUUCCACUUUUUUCUAUCUUUUUAUAUUUUUUUCUUCUUCUCACAAAGGCUCUUCAACCUCAAGUUUGACCAAAGAAAUCCUGACGCGUUCUCAAAAGGCCGACCCAAGCUUCUCAGCUGGGAAAGUCCUUUCAAUUUAUUUACUUUCAUAUAUCCAUCAAAUUUAACAUCAAUCAACAUUUUCUUUCUCAUAUUAAUAAUCAAACUUCAUUUCAAAAAUUUUCUUUUUCUCAAAUCCAUCUUUUUCAAAAACUUUAAAAAUCAAAAUCAAUCAAAUCAAUUCAAUCAAUUUUUCAAUCAUUUCUUUCAUUCUCCAAAAACUACCCCUAAAAUUUUAAAAACAACACAAUUUCCAUCUCUUAUUUUCUAAAUUUUAACACAUUAAAUUUUCAAAUUUUUAAAAACAUUUCAAAUUUCAAACAAUUUCUUACCUCCCAAAAACAUCUAACAUUUUUUACAUUCUCACAUUUUCAAAACAUUUUUAAUAUACUCUCAUCUUUCUAACAUCUUCUCAAAUUUCAACCAACUAUCCAAAAAUAUCCAAACUAUUUCAAUUUUCACAAUUUUUAUCAAUUUUACACUUCUCAAACAUUCACAUCAACUUUUCUUUUUUUCUUCAAAAAUAAUCUUUCACUUUUCAAAAAAAUCUCAAAUUUUUACAAAUUUCAACAAAAAUCAAAAAUUUUUCCAUCUUUUUCCCAAACAAUAUCCCUCAAACUUUCCUUAUAAAAAACCAUUUUACUUCACUAUUAUAUUCAACUACUAUUCAAAAUAUUCAACCAUAAACCAAAAAUUUUUCAAAAAUUUCAAACAAUUUCUCAAAUUUUUCAAAAUCAACUAAAUCAUUUUUACCUCCUUUUCAAAAAUUUCAUAAUCAACCUAUCAAUUUUCAAAUUCACCAUUUCUUUUUUUCUCAAAAUUCAUAAAUUUUCAAUUAAAAAUAUUAACUUCAAAACUUCAAUUCACAUCCAAAACUUUUAAUUAAAUACGCAAAAAGGAUUUCUUUGGGCCAAAAUUUAACACCAUCAAACUAAUCUUCUUCUUUUUAUUUGCAGUUCUUUAACGCUCACAAACUCUCACAGCGCUCAAGAACAACAACAACAACACCAUCGACGACAAGCAAGUGCCGCGUCAGCCGCAACUAACUGCCAAGAUUCGCGGGAAGGCGAAGAAGGAACCAAAAGGCCGAGCCAAUCAACCUGUCGGACCAAGGAGUGCAGUUCUCUCGGUAAUACUCCGUCGACAGCCCUGCCAACAGCUCCGCCAACUGCUCCAAAAGCAGUUUUGUUCGACUCGCCGAUUCUUCAGUUCUCCCCCGCAGAUUCGGAAGCGACUUUGACGCCCGGUUCUUCAGACAGGAAACCCUUCUUGGAAACAUCUUCUCCGUCUUCAAUCUUCAAACUUCCGCCGAAUAGUUGGAGAAACGAAGCGAAUCUCACGUCUGAAUCUCCGAACCGAAGAUCCUUCGUGGAAACAGCCGCUCCGUCGCCAAGUUUCACACAUACCUUCAAACUUCCGCCGAACGAUCAGAUACACCGGCCGAGUCCUUCUUCUUUCUUAACGCCAUCCGAUCCUGCUCUCGCUUUGAAACCAACGAGCUCUCCAACAGCGACUCAAACGAAAGCAGUUCAAAAAGCAAGCUUCCUCCAGGUCGUUUUCCGCUCCGAGAGGUCAUUCCACAAUGGCAAAUCUCUCAGACAUCGAGCAAGGUCUUCGUCGUCUCAAAAUGGCUAUGGCGCCAAACUGGCCCAAACUCGGAGUCAGCGAGAACUUCUCCUCGUACACGAGAAGACUCAACGAUUUCGCGAAUGCACACGCAUUCGAUGAAGCCGAACUGGAGAGAAUUUUUCCGACCUUAUUAUACGAUCAAGCUCGCGAAACCCUGGAUAAAGUGAAGGCUACAACACCAAAUUUGACCUGGCGCCAACUUCUGGAUCGAAUGAAGGUUGAGCUUCACACGCCUACUCGGACAACUGCCGCGAAAGCGCAGCUCUCCCUGACCAUGAGCUCAGACGUGAAACUUUCGCGAGAAAAAAACAAAAGAACUCGCGGACGCAGCUUAUCCUUUCGACUCGAAGACAAGUGACGCGAUCGCCUUGGACCGAUUCACAGCAGGACUCCCCGAAGCCAUCCGUCUUGCUGUUUAUCGAGGGAAGUGCUUCAACUUUUGCCGAAGCAAAGACUCUUGCUCUCAAGGAAGAAGCUUGUCUCCAGCUCGCCAGAGCCCCGGAUCUUCAGUCUCAGAUAAGCACGAUGAGCGAACAAAUCGCCGCGCUUUCCUUGCAAAAAGCCAAGACAAGAAGAUCAACAACCUCCAAGACGAUCUCAGAAGAAUCGGAAAUCGAGGAACGACGCCUACAACUCGUCUAGAAACGGAAAUUUCCGUCGUCAGCCUUCGCGAGAUAGGAACUCCUAUCGCCAGCCGUCCCGAGACCGCGGAUACCGCCAGCCAUCGCGAGACCGCGAGUAUCGCCGAAAUUCUUCGCGAGAAAAUCGUCACGUCUCGUGGAGCAAUUCUACCCACGACAAUCAAGGGUACCGCCGCUCAGACGACGUCCGCCAGCAGGACUACAGAGACGACUCGAGAGAACGCUACGACCGACAAGACGAUGAGAAUCAACCAAGGAACGGAAACGGAAACGGAAGAGGAAGAGCGGUAAAUUCAGUUUUCACCGCGAUGUUCGUCUUCUCCUGUUUGUUAGCGCCAGCCUUAGCUUCGACUUCGACGACAGCAUUCCCAGAAACGACGACUACGACCGCUUCAGCUUCUCCUCCCGCUUCUCAGAAGCUCUCCAGGCAUUACUUUUGCUUGCGAGGAGCCUCGAGGGAGGAAUUUUUGGGCGCCAUUCCCAAACAAGAAGCUUGUCAACAACCAGAAGCUCAAAACGUCGUGAAAACAUCGGUUUGCAGCUUUCAUCAGGAAAUCCAAGUUCAAUGAAGUCGCCGCGUUUCGUUGUUCUCUCGAAACAUACAUGCUCUGUGACAGAGCUGUUCUUCCUUCCAGUCUCAGAAUUCGUUCAGCUCAUGAACAUCACUGCAGCAACAGUUGAGGAAUGCCACCAAGCCCGAGAUGGGAAGACUUUUCGAGGAUACCCCCUUCGAGAUGUGACUCCUGGAAUUCAAAGAUCGGAAUUCGAGCCAUUCCAAAGAGGAUUCUUCUCAUUUGGCGUCGAAUGUUGGCAAAGACAAGUCAUUCUUCUGGAAAAAGGAGUCGUCGGAAGCUUCCAGGAAAAUAAGAUCAUCUCCAACCUCAUCUUGAACACGGACGACUGCACGAUUGAAGAUGGAGUCUGCCGUAACAACGCGACUACAGUCAUCUGACUCCCCAAAGAAGAACGAUUGCAACUUUGCCUCUCUAGGGACAUUACGAAGCUUUUGCUCUCAGACUCGACAGUUCUUAUCGAAGACCGACAAGCAGCAUUUGUCAUCGAAAAGCCGCUCUCCGCCGCAAAUCCAGAAGUGCUUCGAAUCGCCUACAUGGAUUUCCAGUUCAGGAGCAGUCUUCUCGUUCCCUGACGCACCGGAAGCCAGUGAACUGAACGAAAUCGUCGAGCUAGCUCUGAAAAGAAGAGUCCCUCGAAGAGCCAUUUCAAACCUCAAAUCUUCAAGUUCAGCAAGUCUUCAGGAUCCAAAAAGCACAGCAGAGUUGCCCGUGGGAGUUCAGCAACUUCCAAAAGAUUCGACAGGAAUUCGAGGAUCUUCAACCUCGGAAAAAGACGUUUCGACUCCAGACCCUCUUUUAGACUUCGAUAUCGGUUGGACCCCCAGCUGGUCUCCUGAUUUCGUUCCAGUUCCCGAAGUUCAACUAGAAGAAGUCGCCGAGUCUGCAAAAACGGUUGUCGGAUCAAAGCCUCACUUGCAGUACAUGAAAACUGAGUUUGAUUAUCACGAAGAACGACGCAGAAACUUAACCAGCAGCGGAAUCAACUCGAAACUUCAGUUUGGAAGCGAAAUUAUCACCGAAAACAUUCGAGUGAACUUUCAAAGGACUUCGAUAUCGCUUUGCCAGCUGCGGAAUCGUCAAAACGCCCUCUGGCAGUCCAUCCUUCAGAUCAACCCCACGGCUGGAGUUCGAGGAAUGCUCCAACGUCAAGAUGUAUCAGCACGUUUCGUCGGAGAAGGGAUUCUGCUGAUAACUCAGUGUCCAGCAGUUCGGAUAAAGCAUAUCCAUCUCGACCAUCAGAUCAACGCGACCUGCUUCGUCUUCACGCCGGUCGUCACAGAGAACAACGUCACUCUUUUCGUCCAGCCCGAAGCUCUGAUCUUUUGAUGUCCAGUCCUGAAAUCGAUUGUGAUAAGGUCACUCCAUCAGUUUUUGCAAACAGAAGACGGUGUCUACAUUUCGAGCGGUGGAGCAGUUGUCAACGUCUCCGACUUUCACUCAGAAGCCUCCUCGGAAACCAUCCAGUCAAUUCGAUUCACUACAAAGGUGGUGAUAUUUUCGAGAAUCAAAAAGGAAGCAGCUUCCCGACUCUACUGCCGAAUCUUAUGGAUCAAUCUUGUCAACUCUUCAAAGGCAGCCGAACCAAGUGAUAAAAAGUUCUGAAAGGCAAAAAUCUCUCCAAGGAACUCUUUUCGGAUAUAGCCAGAGCAGCUGGUUACAAGAUCAACGCCAUUUCUGGAAAAAUAGAAGGCCUUGCUGAGAGCGCUACCAACGCGCUGAUGUCUUUCCUGCCAAAAGCCGUAGGUUUGAUCCUCGCCGUCAUCCUUCUAGCUUUCAUCAUCAUCACGUCCAUCAAAUGCUUCAUUGCAAAGAUGAUCAGGAAGAAAGUCUCGAUUUUCCAUGUGCAGUCAACGGAACUAGAAGAAGUCAACGCAGUCAAAAGUCCAGAAGAACUUCAAGAAGAUGUCGAGGAGCCAGAAGUUCACUACUACAGAGCCAGACGCAGUUUGCCGCCGCUUCUCACUUACGUCCCGAUCGCGAUCCCGCUUCUUUGUCUCAUUGGUUCAGCCCAAGCCAUGCUACCGCUGGAAGGAAGCGAAAUCGACUCAUCAUUCGCGAUUUUGGACGCUUUUCCACAGAGAGGAGCUCGGAUUUUCACCUUAGAAAGCUGCGACGCCUCUUCGCUCCCGUUCAUCCUCGUUUCCAUCGCCGACAGAGGAGUCAAAGCACUUUUUGACAGCGGUGCUUCUGUUUCCUACCUUCGAGAAUCUACGUUGAACUACCUUGGAAUCGACGACUUCGAGAAAGAAAAAUCACAGUGCCAGAACAGCCAAUGGAUCUUCGUUCUCUUUCACAGGAAAAAGCGGAACUUGAGAUCAGAAUCGCCGGCUACAGCUUCACGCACUCCUUCUUAGUCAGCCGUGACGAAGAUUGUCCUGCUCCUGUCUUGAUCGGAUACGAUUUGAUGGCAAACAUCACUCAACAAGGAAUUCCGAUUCAACUGAAGCCGCACCUGAAUCUUCUUCAAAUCGGACAACAGAACCUGAAGAUCGUGAAAGCCGAAGACCGAGCUUUCGAACCGACGAGUAGAAGAUCAAUCGCCUCGACAGCCGCAGCCCUUUUUCUACCUGCAAGAUCCAGAAGAUCGCUAGAAGUUUCUUUCCUGCAAGAAGACCCCGAAGAGAUGUUUUUGCUGAAAUCGACAGAUCCCGCAAUCUUCUUCUGCGACACGCUGAUCCACCCGUUAGGAGAUUCCGCCACGAUUUGGGUUGAAAACAACUCGGACGAAGAUUUGACCAUCGAAGAAGGAGAAUUAGGAGAAGUCAGCGUUGUCUUUCCAGCAGGUCUCCAUCAGUUGCCUACGAUCGAAGAAUACGUUCCACCAGAAGCUGAAUGGGAAUCUCAACUCCCAAAUCCACCUAAAAAAACGAACAGGACUUCAAAAACGAACUGAACCUGCAACAAUGCGAACUGACGAAGCCUGAUCAGGAACGCCUCGACAGAACUCAUCGAAAAACACCGCGACGCUUUUCACAACGAGGAUGGCUCGAUAGGAUGCUUCAGAGGACCUGUUGAGCACAAAAUCAAGCUCCAACCCGAAGCGACUCUUCCUCGGCCAAGGAAGAUUCGAGUCCCUCUAGGAAAACUCGCCGAAAUCGACCGCCAAGUUGCAGAGUUAGUCCGACAAGGUGUCAUAGAGAAGUCGACCUCAAUGACCCUUAGUCCCAUCGUUUUGGUUAAGAAAAAGGAUCACAGCUUUCGCUUCACCGUGGAUUACCGUCAGUUGAACGCCAUCACCGUCCGGGAAAAUUAUAUCAUCCCUCAAGUGGGCGACAUCAUCGACUUGGCAUGUGGAAGCCGCUUCUUCACUUCGUUUGACCUGAUCCAAGGAUUCUUCCAGAUUCCUCUGCGAAAGAAAGAUCGAAGCCUCACCGCCUUCGCAACUCCGAAUGGAACUUGGCAAUUCCGUCGCAUGCCGAUGGGCCUCUGCGGCGCGCCUCACACCUUCCAGACCGCAGUUCAACUCCUUCAGGAAAAAGUCACAUGCCGGUUGUUUGUCUACUUGGACGACUUGCUUCUCACGUCACCGACAGCCGAACAGCAUCUUCGCGACCUCGAAGAGGUUCUUAUCGCCAUCAAGGACUUCGGCCUGAAGAUUCGUCUGAAAAAGUGUAAAUUUGCCUGUUCCUCAGUGGAAUUUCUUGGUCUUGUCGUCGGCAGAGAUGGAGUGAAGCCGAAUCCCAAGAAAGUGGAAAGCAUUGUUGAUUUCCCAACACCGACAACGGUCACCGCCGUCAGAGGAUUUUUGGGGAUGGCAAAUUAUUUUCGACGUUUCAUCAGAGGAUUUGCCGCCAUCGCCGCCCCUCUAACCGAACUUACGAAGAAGGACGUCCCUUUCGAAUGGACCUCGACGACUGAAGAAGCUUUUGAGACUUUGAAGCAGAAACUCGUCACUUGUCCCGUUCUUCAAGGUCCUGCCAUUGACCAGCCGUUCAUCCUAGAGUCUGACGCCAGCGGAAUCGCCGUAGGAGCCGUUCUUCUCCAACGAAAAUCGCCAGAAGAACCGCCACAUGUCAUCGCUUAUGCAAGCCGGAAACUCAACAAAGCUGAAAGGAACUACCCGCCAAUCGAAAGCGAAGCUCUUGCUCUUGUCUUCGCCGUCACUCAGUUCAGAACUUACAUUCUCGGUCUCAAAACGACCGCGAUUGUCGAUCACAAGCCGCUAACGACACUCCUGAGAAGACGUGACCUCAUCGGAAGACUCGCCAAAUAUCAACUAGUUCUGAGCGAGUACAACUUGGAAAUCGUCUACCGUCCAGGACCUGAAAACUUCGUUGGAGAUGCUUUGUCUAGGUAUUUCCCAGACGAAACGAAGGAACCGAAGCCGUUGCCAAUGAAGCCGAAGCCGAAGCCGAAACCAGCAAAAGAGACUUCAGUUGCUGCUGUGGAAGUCGAAAAUCUUGCGCCUCAAGUCGAAAUCGAUCUCGACGAAAUCAGAGUCGCCCAAGAACGCUCCGAAUAUUGCCGAGAAGCCGUGAAAAUUCUUCAAAAGAACGCCGAAGACGACGACAAGAAAGCCAGAAACAUCCGGAAGCGCUACAACCUCGAGAAUGGUCUUCUCUACGAGCGACAACGUUCAGGAAUUUCUGCGGCAGUUCUCCAUGUUCCGAUAAAAACUGCGGAUCCCGAAACCAUUGCAAAGAUCCUGAAAAGGUUUCACCAGGACGCCUCAACAAGCGCCCAUGCCGGAAUCGAGAGAACUGCUUCUGCCAUACGUCGUCGUUUCAACUGGACGAAUCUCCAAAAAGACGUCGAGGAUUUUGUGAAUAAAUGUUUUCUCUGCCAAAGAAGAAAAACAAACCCUCACGAGACGACAGUCGAGCCCGCAGAGAAACUUCCAGUCACUUCUUCGCCAUUUGAAAGAUGUCAUAUUGACGUUCUUGGUCCGCUUCCAAUCACGAUCAACGAGAAUCGCUACGUCUUGACCAUCGUCGACGCUUUCUCGAAAUGGACCAUCGCCGUGCCCCUUCCGAAACAAGAUUCUGCCGCCAUCAACCGCGCCUUCACAGAAAAUCUUGUCCUGAAGCACGGGCCGCCUUCGAUGAUCAUCUCCGACAAUGGAACGCAGUUUGUGUCGAAUUCCUUCAAAAAUCUUCUGAAAAAGUGGAAGAUCCAACACCAGACGACAGCUCCAUACCACAAAACUUCCAACGGACAAGUGGAACGAGUUCAUCGUACCCUCGAGGAAGCUUUUAGCUUCUUUUUGUGAACAAUUUCCAAUCAGAUUGGGAUAGCUACCUGCAAGCAGUUGUCUUUGCUUUGAACACCCUACCAGGAGCUUCCACAAAACUUGCGCCGUUCCACGUCCUUUUUUGGUCGUGAGCCUCGUCUGCCAGAAGACUCAACUUGGAACACGAACGUUGGACUUUCUUUCAUCGACAAAGAAGACUGAAGGAAGCCUGGAGUUUCGUCAAGGAAAAACUCCAAGAAACAGCGGAGAAACACGCCAAGAGGUUCGACAACGCAAACAGAACAGCGCCAAGGAAGAUCGUCGCCGGCUCAACAAUUCUCGUCAAGAGAGCUUUACCGAAAAACAAGCUUUCUCCAUUUUUGUUUGGCCCUUUCACCGUUGUAAAAGUCAAUGGUUCGAAUGUAGAGUACCUGGACCAUGGGAAAAACAUUCGUGGCUCACAAAAAUGACGUCCGCCAGCUGAAAUCGAAGCCGCCUACGCCAGAAGAAAUCAUCGACGAGGACGUCGAAGAAGAAGAAGAAGAAGAAGAAGAACCUGAAAAAGAAAAAUAUAUUAGAAGAAGCCGAAAACCAACCGAACACAGCUUCACCGUUGUCGUUGCCGCAGUCUUCAACCACGAAUCCAGCCGCCAAAAAGCCGCCGAUUCGGAAGACUCGCAGCUCGACGGCCAAGCGACAGUCGCCGAAUUUUUCCGCUUCUCCCUCGCCGCCGUCGCCCGUAUCUACAAAGGACCGCACCGCCAGUUCGACACUCCAGUCGACUAGCAGUCCGGCCAGCAGUCGCCAAUCGUCGCCAGCCAGCCGCCCUCCAGCCCGUUCGACUACACGCCGAGCAGCAGCUCAGCCAUCAACUACAAAGCCGAGAACCCGCCGAGGAGCAGCCACGCCGACGCCGCAGAGGUCGACUACUCGUGAUGCCGGACGUCAUCGUGGGCAAGACACUGAGAAGAGUGCGAAUCCAGCCGCCAUCGAUGAAGACCGCCUUCGAAGAGCCACCCCGGAGGAUGAAGAUCCUUGCAGCUCGAAGUGGAGCCGUUUUCGUCCAUCGCGAUUUGGACGACUAUAGUCUCUAA